UAAUAAUGUAUAUAUAGAAGAAGCAGAGGUUGAGUACGCCAAAAAAUACAGUUUAUAGAGUUAAUUUGUUAAAAACUACGGCCCAACAAGUAAUAGAGCAUUUAAAUAAUGUAUUAAAGCAGCAGUAUGUAAAUCGUAUGCCAACAAUAACAACAUUCCCUCAUUUAUCAGAAAUAAUUACAGUACACAGUUGGGACGAAUCAAUAAAUUUAGAUUUAUCGAAGCGGUCGAAAGAAGUUAUUGUUGAUGCAAUAUGUGGAUCAGCUGUAUUAAGAGGUUCACAUGUAUUUGCUCCAGGAAUUUUAGGAAUCCCACACGGUUUAAAUAUAGGAGAUGAAGUAAGUGUAUUUGCGGAUACUGUUGGGUGUUGUAAAAAAGGAUUACUUAAACCAUGCGAAGUCGAUAGUAAUAAUAAAACAUUCUUGGGUAAUGGAAUUCUUCUACAAACAAGAGAAAGUAUUAUUUGUAAUAACGGACAAAGUGCAAGUGGAAUUGCAGUACAUAUGAAUGAUGUCAUUUCUCGACUCUUACAAUUAAAUAAUAAUUCAGUACCUGAUGGAUGGGCAUUAUUACAAAAUUUACCAUCAAUUCUUUGUACUCGUAUUCUAAAUCCACAACCUGGAGAAAUAAUUCUUGACAUGUGUGCGGCACCAGGAAAUAAAUGUACACACAUUUCAACCCUUAUGAAAGGAGAGGGUACUCUAAUAGCUCUUGAAAGAAACAAAUCAAAAUUAGAUAAACUCCAAUCAAACUGUGAUAAAUUCUCAAGUGGUAAUGUAAAAAUCUUUUGUUAUGAUUCUACAAAAGCUUGUAACAAAGAUGUAAAUCAUUCAAAUAUUAACGAUGGGCCACCGUUUAAAGAAAAUAGUUUUGAUCGUAUAUUAUUAGACAGUCCAUGCAGUGCGUUAGGACAAAGACCACAACUACUUAAUAAAAUUACUGCUGUGCAGCUUCGCUCAUAUGUAUCUAUGCAAAAAUCAUUAUUUUCAGCAGCUGUUCAACUUUUAAAAUCAAAUGGAAUCUUAGUAUAUAGUACUUGUACUAUAACAAUAGCUGAGAAUGAAGGUAUUGUCUCGUGGGCUUUACAAAAAUAUCCGUAUUUAAAAUUAAAAUCUAUCAAAGAUCAAUUAGAUAUGAAAACAUUUACACACACAGGAUAUUGUAUUGACGGAUUAACAGAAAAUGAAUCAGAAUACCUACUUAGGAUAGGACCUGAACAAGAUUCUAUUGGUUUUUUUGUAGCAUGUUUUACUAAAUAAAUUAUAA